CCGUUCACAUAUUGCGUGUUUUGCGCGCUCAAAUUCGUUAUUUCAACUGCAGGUGCGCGGCAAGCGUGCUCAUAAUGGAAGCGAUGCAGUCGCAACACGCAUGCGGUGCGUUUGAUGAAAUUUUAAUUUUAAAGUGAUCUAAUCUUUAACAAUUUCAAGUGUGAAAAGUCCUAUUUUUUCUCAGUUUGGGCUUCUGAAUAAAACAGCUGAGGUGUUUUUAUGAGCUCCGUAUUCUCACUAUAUCAUACUAUAUGAGCUAUGAAAGCCUGAUGUAUCUGUAAUACUAUAAAUGUUUUCAACAUUUUGUCUAAAGUUUUCUGACUAUUAUUUCAUAUUGCAGGCUUUACAUGGUUAAGAGAUUUUAAUUAACAUUCAUAAAUGGCAUACUAGCAUCAAUGACUGCAAACGGCAAACUAAGUUUUGUGAUAAACAUUAUUUGAGAAUACAGCUGUAAUGUUCCUUAUAUGAAGGAAAAAAUAAGACUUAUUUUGGGGACCUGAAUUGAGAGCGGUUAUCCAUUGUAAUUCAUUUUGCUCUUUUAAAUAAGAAAAGUGUCUUUACACAGCAGCAUUAUAGAGCACUGACAUACAUAUUUCCUUGCUCUAAUAGGCUUAACCUCAAACUGUAAAUAUUCAUAAUAAGAUUAUUUAUACUAUUUAAAAUUACAGUCUAAAAGUUGCUUUAAAACAUGCAUGAUUUUCUAUAUGAACUGCAUAGAUUUUUUUUUCCAUCUGAAUCUGAAUGGCACUGAAAUUGUUUGUGGUUAAUGGGAGAAGGAAAGGAAAACGGAAAGAGAGACGUGAAGUGACAGUGGAACGAGAGGGUGGAGCUCAAACACAGAGAUGGUGUGAUGGACACAGGUGUGCGCAGGUAGCCGAAAGCUGUGCAUGUGUGUUUGGAUCAUCGUCGUCAAAAUCACCAUCUUUGAGGAGAAGAACCAACACUCAAGGAGAAGGUAGCAAGUAGACAGCCUCAUGCAACUUUGAAGUGAUAUCGUUGCAGGUGAUACCAGACUCAUCCAUGCAAGUAUUCUAGACUGGUGGUGGACUGUGAAGGGGUUUCAAUGGAUGUUCAAGUGGAAAAGGAGAGAGGAAAUGAGGAGAAUGAAGGUGGGCAAAGAACGUCCAUCUUCUCCCCACAGCUGAAAGCCAUGAUGCGAAUCAAGAAAAAGUACCUAAAGAGAUCUAAUUCAGUCAAAUUGGCUGUCGGCUCAGUUGCCUCUGAUCCUAAGAGCCCCCAAACCAGAAAGCCUAAGCGAAGGAAGUCCCGUGUGCUGUUCCCUAAUGACACUCUGAUCAAGCCAAAGAAAGAUGAGCGCAGCCGAGCGAAACCUUUCCUAGUGCUCUUUAGCGUGAUCGUCUUCGUCCAGGUCUACAACGCCAUUGAGAAUCUGGAUGACCAUGUUAUGAAGUAUGAUCUUGAGGGUUUGGAGAGGGCGAUGCACAGGGAGGUGUUUGGCCAGCCAGAGGCGCUAGAGGAGCUAAUGGACCAUCUGAACGAUUACCUGUCCACUUAUGCCCACCAGCAUCCCCUCGCCCUGUCUUUACACGGGGCAUCUGGUGUCGGGAAGAGCCACCUGGGUCGCCUACUGGUACGGCACUUCCGCUCCGUGGUGGAGGACAAGCUAGUGGUGCAUUAUUUAUCCAAACACCACUGCCCCCUAAAGGAAGCAGCGCAGCACUGCGCCUCUGCACUUGCUCGCCGUAUAACUGAGGUAGUGACUCGAGCCGAGGAAGAGGAGCAGAUUCCCUUCUUCAUUCUGGAUGACGUAGAACUAAUGCCGCCUCCGCUGCUGGACAUCUUGCAGACAUUUCUUCAGUCAGAUCAGACGAAUGAGUUUCUCAACGUGGUUUAUGUUUUCCUCAGCAGUCUGGGGCAAAGUGAGAUCACAGCUCAUGUUCUUCAAAACGCCUCCACUGCUGGAGCCCAUAAACCACUCCGACGGGCCCUGUCUCUCAUCCAUCCUCUAUGGACGGAGCCAGCACUCGAGCUUAUACCCCUUUCCCUGCUGGAGCGGGAACACAUCAUACAAUGCUUUCUAGAGGAAAUGACCCUGGAAGGGUUUUACCCCGACCUCAGUCAUGUAGAGAGACUGGCGGAUGAACUGGCCUAUCACAGCGUGGCUGGAAGACAGUAUGCAAAAACUGGAUGCAAACAAGUAGUGGGAAAAGUUAACCAGCUCUGAGAGAGUUCUGUUUGAAAAUGUGCACCGUUCAGCUGUUUUCAGUUCCGCAAAUACAGCUCCUAUCUGAAGAAAGACCGAAAAACAACUUACCAAACUCACAUUUCAAAUACACUACCAUUCAAAAAGUUCAAAAAAUUUUGUAUUCAGCAAGGAUGCAUCAAAUUGAUCAAAAGCGACAGUAAAGACAUUUGAAGAGUUUGGUUCCAAAACUCCAUUUUG